AUGUGGUAUUGGGUUGAGGAGCUGCUCGAUGUUAGGACUCCACCUCAGCCUAAGACGAAGAAGAAAGCUUUUGUGCUGAAGAUGUCUUGGUUUAGAGACAGAAUUGCACAUAUUCCGCAAGGUGUAGAUCCAGUUACUUUGAGAAAGUUGGCUAGAUGGGGACAUCAGAGUAAAGACCACCAUGAAGGUAGGAUUCUUCAUGGCGACACAAGGUCACAAUUCGACGAGAAGAGCGUGCACACUGUCACUGAGGAAGCCAAGAAAGUUGCGUUGAAUGGUGAAUUUUCUUUGCCAAAGGAAUUUUCACAUAAUGAAUUUACAACACCAGAAAUCAAUUCAUUUGGCCACUCUUUCAGGGAUUAUGAUGCUGAAAGUGAAAGGCAAAAAGAUAUAGAGGAAUUCUAUAGACUGCAACACAUCAACCAAACAUAUGACUUUGUGAAGAAAAUGAGAGAGCACUAUCAGAAAUUGGACAAGGCAGAAAUGAGCAUAUGGGAAUGUUGUGAGCUGCUCAAUCAAGUGGUGGAUGAGAGUGAUCCUGAUUUGGAUGAACCUCAAAUUCAACAUUUGUUACAAUCUGCUGAAGCCAUCAGAAAAGAUUAUCCCAAUGAAGAUUGGUUGCAUCUGACUGCUCUCAUCCAUGAUCUUGGAAAGAUUCUUCUUCUUCCUCAAUUUGGCGAGCUUCCUCAAUGGGCUGUUGCUGGAGAUACAUUCCCUGUUGGUUGUGCCUUUGAUGAAGCAAACAUUCACCACAAGUAUUUCAAGUACAACCCAGAUUUCAAAAAUCCUGCUUGUAGCACGAAAGAAGGGGUCUACACUAAAGGAUGUGGACUCAACAACGUUAUGAUGUCAUGGGGACAUGAUGAUUACAUGUAUUUGGUGACAAAUACAAUAACCCUUUAUAUGAUGUAUAAUAACCUUGUAGCCUUACACAAGGAAGGUGCAUACGCUCAUCUCAUGAAUGAUGAAGACCGUGAGAACUUGAAAUGGCUCCAUGUAUUCAACAAGUAUGAUUUGUAUAGCAAGAGUAAAGUCUUAGUUGAUGUAGAAAAGGUUAAGCCAUACUAUCAGUCUCUUAUUGAGAAGUAUUUUCCCGCAAAACUUAAAUGGUGA